AGCGCCCAAAGCAUCAAGCAGAACCAGAAGAAGGGGGCGAGGAGACAUGGACAGCAGCCAAGCCAACAAGUCUCUUGAGGAAAAACAGAGGACAAACGUGCGGCUGGUGUUUUUGGGGGCGGCGGGCGUGGGAAAGACGGCCCUCAUCCAACGCUUCUUAAAGGACACCUUCGAGCCCAAGCACCGGCGGACGGUAGAGGAGCUCCACAGGGAGGAGUACGAGGUAGGGGGUGUCAAAGUGACCAUCAACAUCAUGGACACCAGCGGCAGCUACUCCUUCCCGGCCAUGAGGAGGCUCUCCAUCCAGAAGAGCGACGCCUUUGCCCUGGUCUACGCCGUCAACGAUCCAGCAUCCCUGGAGGCGGUGAAGAGCCUGAGGGACGAGAUCCUGGAGGUCAAGGAGGACAAGUACACGCCAAUCGUGGUGAUCGGUAACAAGAUCGACUGUCACCACGAGCGGCAGGUGUCCAGCGAAGAUGUGCUCUCCACGGUGGAGCUGGACUGGAAGAACAGCUUCGUGGAGGCGUCGGCCAAAGACAACGUUAACGUGCUGGAGGCUUUCCGGGAGCUUCUCCAGCAGGCCAAGAUGCCCGGCUGGCUCAGUCCGGCGCUGUGCCGCAGGCGGGAAACCUUUCCCAAAGACAGGAAAACCAUACCUCCGAUGAACAAGACCAACAGUUGCCUGAUCUCCUAAUGACGUGAAGGUGCACGAGGACGCGGACUCAAGAAUGAACUGCUUCUUCGCUGACUGGAUCCAUGUAGUCCUGAUCAGGGAAGACUUUCCUCCGCGUGCAAAGGAAAAGACACCAAGCACAAACAUUCCAAAGUAACUUUCCAGACCAGGAGAAAACUGCUUGAACUUCAACAGUGCCAGAACAUCAAGUCAUGUGACUAGAAGACGUAUUCGAAUGUCAGCUUCUUGUCUGUACGACGUUAGUGUAAUAUUUAUCAACUUUUGCUCAAAACAUGCCUGUUAUGCAUUCAUGUUUCUUUUUCACUUGAACUUUUUUUAUUUCUACAUA